GCUGUGGUGUGUUCUCUCAAACAAAUCCAGUGUUUAUAUUGGAAAUACAUUAGAUGUUAUCACUUGUUUGCGAGCGGCAAAAGUUUUCUUUGACAAAAAUUCCGUGGAUAAAACAAAUAAAUCGACGAUUUUUUCCUGAUUGAUUGAAAAAAUUGUGCCAUUUUUGGUUAAUUACUGUGAAAAAAAAUGUCGGCCGAUCAAAUUCAAUACUCGGAAAAGUACUACGACAAUCAGUACGAGUACAGGCAUGUGAUCCUUCCGAAUGAUUUAGCGCGUCAGGUGCCGAAAUCGCAUUUGAUGACCGAGACCGAAUGGCGAAAUUUGGGUGUUCAACAAAGUCCCGGCUGGGUUCACUACAUGCUUCACGCUCCAGAGCCACAUGUUCUUUUGUUUCGACGACCAUUGCAAAAACAACCAGAAAAUACCAACGCCUCAUCCGCAUCGACAUCAUCCAUGCAAGUCGUUUAACUAAUUGGUCAAAUUCGAGUGUCAACCUUUGAUUGAGGACGAUUUUUUUUUCGAUGAAUAAAGUGAACUAAUGCUCCGUGAUAAACAUUUUGACCGAAAUAGAACGACAUUCGUUUCCACACAGCUAGAGUCAGAACAAAACCAUUUUUUUUUUACUUGAUUAAGAAAGUUACUCAAAUUAAUUGUAAUCAAUACAAUUGUCACUUUGAAAAAUAUGAUUUUUUUUUUAUUGAAUUGAAAUAUAUUUAUAGAAAAUAUAAAA